AUGUGUCGUCUUUUGCAGUUGCGGCAGCCUGACCGCGACUUCUGGUGUGACCGACGCGAGGCCUUACGCUGGUCCAGCCUGCUGAUUGCCAUUGAUGCGGGAUUGUUCUGUGGCACUGCUAUCGAGUUGAACAUGGAGCUGGUUUGGAUGGGAAAAUGUCUCGAGGGACCAUCUCAGGCAGCCCUGGAGCCUGGAGGGCCGCGCCAGCCUGGUGGCUGUGCCAGUGGAUCAAACUUGGCUAAUCUGAUGACCCACACUUUGGCCCGGGGUAACAUCUUGGGCACAUUUAAGAAUCUGGAUGGUUACAUGAUGGCCACGAUAUAG